UGAUCAAAGACACAGCAGGGCUUUGUGCUGACGAAACUGGCUGAGCGCUGUUUGAUCUGGGACGUAUUUACUUUGGAAAACACAGUCCAGCACCAAAGUUCACGCUGCAGCCCCCACGACCUCAGCCGAUUCCAGCCCUGCAAAACCGCUUCUCAGGAGCCCAGAGCUCUGCUGAAAUGCUGCGCCUGCUGCACCCCCUCUUUGUGUCUCUCCUCCUGGCAUCCGUGUACAGGAGCCACAGCCUGGGGCACCAGCUUGAUGACGGAGGAGAGGCCCCCCAGUGGGGGCAGCUGAAGGGCAAAAACUUGAGCCAGCCCGUCCUCCCCGCUGACUUCCACAGGGAGAACACAGUCACCAAUGACUGGAUCGCGGACGGGGAGGAGGAUGAGGACUACCUGGACCUGGAGAAGAUCCUGGGGGAGGACGACGACUACAUCGACAUCGUGGACGCAGCCCCACCCACUGACCCCGCCGCCAGCGCUGCCAGCGCCCUCCUGCUCUUCCCAGGCAAGAGCCGCAUCCAGAGGCUGAACGUCCUCAACGCCCAGUUUGCCUUCGACCUGUACCGGGCACUGAAGGAGCAGACCAGUGCCGCAGACAACGUCUUCCUGGCGCCUGUGGGCAUCUCGGUGGCCAUGGGCAUGAUCUCCCUGGGCCUGCGGGGGCAGACCCACGAGCAGGUGCACGCUGCCCUGCACUUCACUGACUUCGUCAACGCCAGCAGCAAGUACGAGCCGGCCACCGUCCACAACCUCUUCCGGAAGCUGACCCACCGCCUCUUCAGGAGGAACUUCGGGUACACGCUGCGCUCUGUCAACGAUCUGUACGUCCAGCGGCAGUUUCCCGUCCGGGACGACUUCAGAACCCAAGUCAGGCAGUACUACUUUGCCGAGGUACAGGUGGCCGACUUCUCGGAUCCGGCCUUCAUCUCGAAGACCAACCACCACAUUUCCAAGCUCACCAAAGGCCUCAUCAGAGAUGCCCUGGAGAACAUAGACCCCGCCACCCAGAUGAUGGUCCUAAACUGCAUCUACUUCAAAGGAUCCUGGGUGAAUAAAUUCCCCGUGGAGAUGACACACAACCACAACUUUCGCCUGAAUGAGCGAGAGGUGGUCAAGGUGCCUAUGAUGCAGACCAAGGGGGCCUUCCUGGUGGCUAGCGACCAGGAGCUGGACUGUGACAUCCUGCGGCUGGAGUAUGUGGGGGGCAUAAGCAUGCUGGUCGUGGUCCCGCACAAGCUGUCUGGGAUGAAGGCCCUCGAGGCCCAGCUGACGCCCCAGGUGGUGGAGAGAUGGCAGAAGAGCAUGACAAACAGGACGCGAGAGGUGCUCCUGCCCAAGUUCAAGCUGGAGAAGGACUACAACCUGGUGGAGGCCCUGCGGUCCGCAGGGGUCACAGCGCUAUUUGACAGGAACAGCAACAUGACGGGGAUCUCGGACCAGAGGGUCACCAUUGACCUGUUCAAGCACCAGGGCACCAUCACAGUGAACGAGGAGGGCACACAGGCUGCAGCCGUGACCACUGUGGGCUUCAUGCCGCUGUCCACCCAGGCCCGCUUCAGUGUCGACCGGCCCUUCCUGUUCCUCGUCUAUGAGCAGCGCACCGGCUGCCUGCUCUUCAUGGGCAGGGUUGCCAACCCUGCCAAGUCCUAAAGGUGGGGUCUGGGCCCAUGGCUGCCCCCCGACGAGGAGAUGUGCUCUGGCGCCGUCACCCUGGGCUGCUGCUCCCCUUCCCAGAGGCAACUCUGACAGAGACCAGGCAGCUUGCUGGGAUUGGGGUCAGUUCUGCUCCGUGCCCAGUGCUAGCAGCUCCUGGGAGUGGGUGCACCUGGACGGUGUUGGCAACACAGCCCGCUCUGACCGACUCUCUCAGCAAAGCCCAUCCCCAGGGCCCCAACCCUGCACGUCUGGCUCCGCUACUCAAAGCCCUUCUCAGCCAGGGCUCCUUGGCUGAACACGGAACACAGAUCAGAGGGGUGACUGAGCCCCUCCCCGCUGUCCGGAGGGAAGGGGCCCCUGACACUGAAGGGGAGCCCUGGGCCGCGCGCUCAGUCCUGUUGAGGCCCAGCUUCCUGAACUGAUGCUAAAAUGUCUCUGCACCUGCUGUCACCUAGCAGCCCCCCGGGGACAACAUGCACAUGUAGCCAUGCCUUCCACCCUAGAGAUAAAUGUGGCCACUUUCACUGUG